AACGUACCUCAAAAUAAUCAUGAUAAGUUACUGAAAUAUUUCCAAAUUACUUUAACUUCCUAUUAAAACACUUUAAAUACAUAAGACAGAUAAUUAUCCAAAAAUGCAAAUACGGAUUACUUGCCUUGAUGUGAUCAACCUCAGAACGAGGUAGGGAACAAAAUAACGAGUAGAAUAUACUUCCCUUAACUGCACCUAUUCAUCGAACCACCAUGCGUGAUAAAAUAAUCAACACGUGUCGAACAACUGGUUGUGUAUUCCCAGGAGGAGAAAAAUAAUCGUGUUUUCCUUCAAACAUAUGUUACAAGAUAUCGAUAAAAAGGAUUGUAUUUAUUUCCAUCAUUGGAAUGGAGAAAAGAGUAUACAUCAAAGUAAUGUCACUCAUUUUCGCAAAAAGCGAAAUUUUUAUUGAAUCUAUUAAUUUUCCCGUGAUUUAUAGAUCGACAAUGAAAAGAUUGUCAUGAAUACGAAACGAAACUUCUCAGAUAUCUCUCUCAAAUUGUCACAAUUUUUAUUGAAAGCCGUGGGUAGUUGGAUAACGCUCAACAAAGCAGAAGAACGUCAAAGAAGAAUCAAUAUGUUGUACACUGUCGCCUCGCAUAUAUAUGCUUUAUAUAUUAAUAUCACCGAUAUUUAUCACAGUUGGGGGGAUUUUAACUAUUGUAUGUUCAUAAUAUCUAACUUACUAAUAGUCAUACUAUCGCUUUCUAAGUUUAUAAUAUUAAGCUUUCGCAGAAGAGAAUUUGUGAAAAUAAUAAUAUAUGCUCAGAAGAAUUUUUGGCAUUUCAAAUAUGAAAAUUACGAAAAAUUACUUUUCACGAAGUGUCAAAAGUUUUGCAACUUGUGGACCAUAAUCGCAUACUUCUUUGUACAAAGCUCUAUUUUUUUCUAUAUAAUUACACCAUUUUACGUGAAUCAUGGAAAGAACAAAUCAGAAAGAACACUUCCGGUCAGAAUGUGGAUCGAUAUACCGUUAAGCACAACACCAUAUUACGAAUUAUUGUUCGCCUCGCAGUUAAUAGCUCUACAACAAAUAGGUCUGACUUAUUUGAGUAACGAUAACUACUUAUGCGUAUUAAGCAUGCAUGUGAAUUACCAGUUCCGCAUAUUGCAACAUCGAAUGCUCACCAUAUGGUCGAACAUGAAGGAACAGAAGGAUAUCAUCUCUUACACGGACAAAUAUUACAAAGCUUUAAAGAAAUGCAUAAAACAGCAUCAGUCGUUGCUCAAAUAUUGCGAGAAACUCGAUUAUGUUUACACGUUGAUGAUUUUGAAUCACGUGAUUGUGUUUAGCUUGAUAAUGUGUAUCGCCUUCUACGAAAUACUUAUAGCAGACGUACCUCUAACGACGCGCUUCAUUUUCAUUUUCUCUGGGAUUGGUAUUUUUGUUCACAUCCUUUUUUUCACGUAUAUUUGUGACAAAUUGAUAGAAGAAAGUGGAAAUGUCGGGUUGGCGAUGUAUUCAGGCUGGUGGACGACAUUGCCAAUGAACAAGACUGGAAAAAUGCUGCGAAAAGAUAUAAGGAUGAUAAUGAUGAAAUGCAUGCGGCCAUGUUACCUCUCCGCUGGAGGAUUUUUUCCUGUUUCCUUGGAAACGUCUACUAGUCUUAUAAGCUCUACCGUGUCGUAUUUUACUCUCUUGAGGGAAUCUAUGAAAUAAUAUAAUUUACACAGAUUUGUUCAAUCUUUGUGUUCAAGUAAUUAAAGAAAAAAAAAAUUAAUUUUUAUCUUUACAUACAUCUAUAAAAUUAAUCAAUUAAUAAUAAGUAUAUAUCAGUGUAAUAUUUUUAAUCAAUUAUUAAUACACAAUGCACACAAACUUUAUCUAACGAACAAUGUACAAAAGUUUUCUCUAAUCUGAAGGAUUAAAGAAGAUAAAUUUUUAACACAAUUAAAAAAGAUAAUUGUACAAUUCUAAUUUUGUCAUUCCACCCUAUUGUA